AUGUUGAAAACUGUGAAAAGUUCAUCUUUAACAAAGGAAAAAGUGGCUAUUGAUGAGGCUGAAGUUCAGCUUGAGGAAGGUGUUACAUUAGAUGAGACGAUCAAACAAGGAGUCUUACAUAAUGAUAGAACCAAACUAAAGCAAGGUCUCAAAGCACGCCACAUCAAAAUGUUAACCCUUGUCGGUGUAUUCGGUACAGGUUUAUUUUUGUCCUCCGGUGGAACACUGAAGAAAACUGGACCAGUUGGGAUGCUGAUUGCAUAUGUUCUUGUUGGUAUUGUUGUAGGGUGUAAUCAAAUUGCGAUAGCAGAGGUUGCUUCCUUCAUGCCAGCCACUGGUGCGACAAUUAGACACUCGGAACAAUUUAUAGAUGAAGCAGUGGGCUUCACAUUCGGCUGGAUCUCGACAUACUCCUCUUUAAUGCCUGGAGAACUUUCGGCUACGGCAGUGGUUAUGACCUACUGGACUGACUUGAGCCCCGCGAUUUUCAUUACCAUUUUUGGUGUUCUAUUCAUCUUGACCAAUAUCUACACAAUCAGGUUCUAUGGGGAAAUUGAGUAUUUUUUUGGGUGGUUGAAGCUGGCUUUAAUUGCAAUUCUAAUAAUAACCGGCCUAGUAAUUGACCUGGGAGGAACAAAGCAAGAAAGGCUAGGUUUUCAUUACUGGAGGAACCCCGGCCCAUUUGCUGAAUAUCUUGUUGGGGGUGACACCGGGAAAUUCGUGGGAUUUUGGGCUGCAUUGUCUUCCGUCGUGUAUUCUUAUUCUGGAAUACAAAACAUCGCUAUUUUGGCUGGUGAAACGAAGAAUAGCAGACAUGCAAUUUUUCACGGAGCUAAGAAUGUGUUUGUGCGCAUAAUUCUCCUUUAUUUGAUAACUGUGUUUGUCUUGACUCUGAUAGUUCCAUACAAUGACAAGCUUAUCGCAACAGGUUCUGGGAAUGCUAGAUCCAGUCCCUUCGUUAUUGCUAUGGAAAGAGCUGGUAUCAAAGUCCUUCCACACAUCGUGAACGCGUUAAUCUUAACGUCUGCAUGGUCGGCAGGUAACCUUGCCAUCAUUGAAGGUUCAAGAAAUUUGUUUUGUUUGGCAACCAAGAACCAAGCACCUAAAAUCUUCCUAAAAACUUCAAAAAGAGGUAUCCCCUGGGUAGGUGUUUUAUUCAUCUCAAGUUUUCUGCCUCUAGCUUAUAUGUCUUGCUCUGAAUCGUCGGCAACGGUGUUUAGCUGGUUUCAAGAAUUAGUAUCCUCCAACACACUAUUACGUUGGAUCCUUAUCUCCGCAAACCACAUUCAUAUGGACAGGGCAUUGAGGGCACAAGGAUAUAGCAGAAAAGAUCUUCCUUACUCCACUACUAUCGCUCCCUAUGCUGCAUGGUUUUCAGGAAUAAUGUCGUUCAUAUUUCUUCUUACAGGUGGAUUUUACAACUUCAUUCAUGGGAAUUUCGAUAUCGAAUCCUUCUUUAGCAGAUACUUCAUCAUUCCAUUGGCAAUUGCACUGUUUACAUUCUGGAAACUGUUCAAAAAAACCCGUUAUUUACGUCCUCACGAAGUAGAUCUGCAAAGCAUUUUUGAGGAUAUAAGAGAAAACCCAGAAUAUAUUCCUGAAACCACUCCAUUGUGGAAAAGGUUAAUUUUUAAAAAGAACAAGUAG